CACAAUCACAUGCUAAAUCCGUGUGAAAAGCAAAAUCGUUGAAAUCAAGUAUAUAAAUGCAAUGCAAGGAGCCAUUGCUUAAUGCUAACCUUGAAUUGUAAAAUUUUUGAUUAGGAUGGCAAAUAUGGAGAGUGCUCCGUCUUCAUCGAUAUUCUCUGUUGCCGAUUCUACAGACAAAGUUCUGAUGUUGGUAGGCACAGUUGGUGCCAUUGGUCAUGGACUGUCAGUGCCUCUGAUGGCUCUGAUUUUCGGAAGCUUAGUGAAUGCUUUCGAGCAAUCUCAAACGAAGAACACCGUACCAAUGGUGUCCGAGGUUUCACUUGAAUUUGUGUACUUGGCUCUCGGGUGUGGACUUGCUUCUUUUCUUCAAGUGUCGUGUUGGACGAUCACUGGGGAGAGGCAGUCUGCUCGAAUUAGGAGGCUAUAUUUGCAGGCUAUACUGCGACAAGAUAUUGCUUACUUUGAUGAGAAAGUAAGCACCGGAGAAAUAAUUGAAAAGAUGUCUAGUGACACUAAUCUUAUUCACGAUGCCAUUGGAGAGAAGGCGGGGAAGUUUGUCCAAGUUGUAACGACGUUACUCGGAGGCUUUGUGGUUGCCUUUGCAAAAGGGUGGCUCCUUGCACUAGUCAUGUUUUCAGUACUUCCUUUGACAGUCAUGUCCUCUGUCGUCAUCUACUCUCUCGGUUUCAAGAUUAAUUCUCUGGCUCAGAAAGCGCGCAAUGAUGCUGCCAACGUAGUGCAUCAAACAUUUGGCUGUAUCAGAACUGUUGCAUCAUUCAAUGGUGAGAAACAAGCUGUUGCUAGCUACAAGAAGUUUCUUGCUAGCUCCUACAAAUUCGACAUGUUUGCAGUCUUGAGUGGCGGAUCAGAAUUCGGAUUCCAUAUGUUUACCAUGUUCUGCACUUAUGCUAUGGCUGUUUGGUUUGGUGCCAAAAUGAUCAUACAUAAUGGUUAUACUGGAGGGGAAGUGUAUACAGUGCUCCUUGCAAUGAUAAUGGGAUCUUCUUCUCUGGGCCAUGUGUCGCGUCCACUAGCUGCAUUUGCAGCAGGCAAAGCAGCAGCUUUAAGUAUGUUUGAGACGAUAAAUAGGACACUGAGCAUUGAUGCAUAUGACACGAGAGGAAAAAUAUUGAACGACAUUCGUGGAGACAUAGAGUUGAAGUGUGUCACUUUCAGCUAUCCAACAAGACCAAAAGAGCUAAUAUUUGAUUCAUUUUCUCUGUUUAUUCCCAAUGGAACAACUGUAGCUUUGGUCGGGCAGAGUGGAAGCGGGAAGUCUACUAUUAUUAGUCUAAUAGAGCGGUUUUAUGAUCCAGUUUUGGGUGAGGUAUUGAUUGAUGGAACUGAUCUACGAGAAUUCAAGCUCAAGUGGAUUAGAUCAAAGAUAGGCCUAGUUAGCCAGGAGCCACUACUUUUCAAUGCCAGCAUCAAGGAAAAUAUCGCGUAUGGCAAAGACGAGGCGACUUCAGACCAGAUUAGAGCAGCAGCAGAUUUGGCAAACGCAAAAGAUUUCAUUGAUAUGCUUCCUCAGGGGAUGGAUACCGUGGUCGGGGAGCGUGGCGUGCAGCUUUCUGGUGGUCAGAAACAAAGAGUUGCAAUAGCUAGAGCAAUCAUAAAGGAUCCCAGAAUUCUACUUCUAGAUGAGGCAACAAGCGCGCUAGAUGGAGACUCUGAGAGAGUCGUACAAGAGGCGUUGGAAAAGAUCAAGAUGAAUCGAACGACUGUCAUUGUUGCACAUCGCUUGAGCACUAUUAGAAAUGCUAAUUUAAUUGUUGUUCUUCACCAAGGGAAACUGGUUGAGAAAGGUACACAUGCCGAACUACUCAAGGAUCCUCAGGGGAUGUAUUCGAAUCUGAUAUGCUCUCAAGAAGUAAACAACAAAUUGGAGCAAAACAUUGAUGACAGAUACAUAACAUGUGCCACAAGAUUUGGCUUAGAGAGUUCACGAUCAUUGGGAAUGGCAAGCAGCAGCCCUGGUUCAUUGUCAAUUAGUUCCUCGAAAACAGCAUUAGAUGUUAAGUCUUCCUUCUCUACUGAUACAUCAGAAUACCAUCCGGAAGUCUCACUUUAUCGCCUUGCUCAUCUCAACAAGCCAGAGGCACUAGUGCUAAUAGCAGGAGCUGUAGUUGCUGUCAUAACUGGGGCAAUACUGCCCGUUUUUGGCUUACUAACCUCUAUCAUGAUCAAGACAUUUUUUGAGUUGCCUGAUAAAAUGAGGAAGGAUUCAGAAUUCUGGGCUUUGAUGUUUCUCAUUCUUGGAAUAGUAGCACUGGUUGCAUAUUCAUUAAGGUCAUACUUGUUUGGUGUGGCUGGGAAUAAACUGAUUAAGCGAAUCAGAGAAAUGUGCUUCGAGAAGUUGGUUAGCAUGGAGAUAGAAUGGUUUGAUAUGGCUAAGAACUCCAGCGGCGUGAUCAGUGCAAGGCUCUCGACUGAUGCAGCUAUGAUCCGUGCUCUCGUUGGAGAUGCAUUGGCACAGAUUGUGCAAGAAAUCGCCUCACUUCUAGUUGGGUUCGCUAUAGCUUUUGAAGCAUGUUGGCAGCUGGCACUUAUAGUUGGUGCAAUGAUGCCUCUCUUAGGACUCAACACCUAUGUACAGAUGAAGUCUGCCAAAGGCUUCAUCAAGGAAGCAAAGUUGAUGAAUGAGAGAGCGAGUCAAGUAGCGAACGAUGCUGUUGGUAAUAUGAGAACGGUAGCUUCGUUUUGUGCUCAAGAAAAGAUCAUGGAGAUUUACAAGGAGAAAUGUGAAGGGCCAGCUUCAAGUGGGACAAAACCAGGAUUGAUUGGUGGAAUUGGAUUUGGUGCAUCUAUGUGCUUUCUAUAUUUGGUUUAUGCUGCCAGCUUCUAUGCAGGUGGUCGGCUCGUUGAGGAUGGGAAAACUACCACUGCUAAUGUAUUUUGUGUACGUUUACAUGGCUCUGUCUCAUCACAUUGCGCUCAUUUGCAUAAUGCAGUUCUUGCAAACACGCAGGUUUUCUUCGUUCUAUCAAUGGUGGCCACAGCAAUAUCCACUUGGAGUGCCAUGGCUCCAGAUUCAGGCAAAGCAAAGGCGGCAGCCGCCUCCAUAUUUGCCAUUCUUGAUGGCAAAUCCAAGCUUGAUCCUAGACACGAGUCAGGGAUCACUCUCGAAAAUAUUGACGGGGAAAUUGAAUUCAGACAUGUUUACUUCAGCUAUCCAAGUAGGCCAGACAUUCAGAUUUUAAAGGAUCUUUCUUUGACGGUCAGCAGUCGCAAGAUGGUUGGUCUAGUUGGGGAGAGUGGAAGUGGUAAAUCAACUGUGAUCUCAUUACUCCAAAGAUUUUAUGAAUAUGACUCUGGUCACAUCACACUUGAUGGGAUUGAAAUACAUAAGCUCCAGCUGAAAUGGCUAAGGCAGCAGAUGGGGCUGGUGAACCAAGAGCCGGUCUUGUUCAACGACACAAUCCGAGCAAACAUCGCUUAUGGCAAAGGAGAGUCCCCGACCGAGGCUGAGAUCAUAGCUGCAGCAAAAUCAGCCAAUGCACAUGAAUUUAUCAGUGGGCUGAACCAGGGAUAUGAUACGGUAGUAGGAGAGAGAGGGGUUCACCUAUCGGGCGGGCAGAAGCAGCGCGUGGCAAUUGCAAGAGCGAUAAUCAAGAAGCCAAAGAUACUUCUACUAGACGAGGCAACGAGCGCAUUGGAUGCGGAGUCGGAGAAGAUAGUUCAAGAGGCUCUAGAUAGAGUGAUGGUGAACAGAAGCACAAUUGUAGUAGCACAUAGGCUAUCUACAAUCAGGGGAGCAGACUCCAUUGCGGUGUUCAAGAAUGGAUGCAUUGUGGAGAAAGGAAAUCACCAAAGCUUGAUCAAUAUCAAAGAUGGCUAUUACUCCUCUCUUGUAAAACUUCACCAUGCUGCAUUGCCUUAAAAUCAUUUUCUUGGGUGUAAGAAAUUCUUUUCCUACGUCUGUGAAUUGUUCACUUGCGCAUUAACAUGCGG